AUAGCCUAUGAUGACUAUAUAUUAUACUUGUCAAAUCUUAGUUCAUGAUACUUGCAUCUUUGUUUGCUCAUAGAAAAUGAGACAAAGAAUGGAGAGGCUUGUGAUUCUUCCCUUCUCUGCUGGUUGUAUCUCUGAGGCUAGUGUUGCUGUUGGUCUUCCACAACCGAGAAGAUCAAAAUCACUUUCCAAUACUUCAAUUGAUGCAAUAAAAGGAUCUAAAGGUCCUGAAGAUUCAGAUGCUUCCACGGGUGAAAACCUGAAGAACCCUAUGAGAUUACUUGACAAUGUUCCCAAGCCUAACAUAUCCACCGGCUUCAAUAGGUUGGUCAAGGGUUUCAAGAACAUCUCUCAACUAUUUGUGGAGAAAGAUGAUGAUGAGGAGGAUGAUUUUGAAGAACUAGACAUGGACAUGGAAAUAGGGUGCCCAACAAAUGUACAACAUGUUACACACAUUGGUUUGGAUGGAAUCACAACAACAACAACAAUAAUAGCACCAACAAAUGCACCACCAUCAUCUUCAUCUUCUUCUUCUUCUGUUGACUCCAUUAAAGGAUGGGAUCAUCUAAUACCCCAUGAGCUUCUCACCCUCUCUGCUCAUCAAUCUUUGCUACAACAAUUUGAUGAGGUUCCUAGUUUGGACCCUAAACUUGAGCCUCCAUCAUGUUCUCCAAUGAAGCCUUCUUCUUCUAAUUAAUCAAACUUUGCAUUUCAUGUAUAUGAUACAUGAAGAAAUAGAUCCUUGCUAUUAUAUAUAUGCAAGCAGGAUUUGAUUGUUGUGGAAAUAUAUAUAUAUUUUAUAGUGA